CCCAACCACUCGAUCACACUCAUCCCACCAUCCGUUUUUAUUCUACUCCUCCUUAACAAAAUCACCACCUCAUCUCCCCUCCAAAUGUAUCCCAGAAGCCACCCAUCUCAAACACACCAUUGAUAGUUCUUGUCCCCUUAGAACCCUGCACCCUUUCCCUUUCCCUUUCCCAUGUAUCUCACCCCCACCCUCUCCCUUCUAUAAAACCCCCCCCCCCACCACCACUACCCUCUCCUCCCUUCCACUCUCACAUGUAUAUCUCCUCCAUUUAUAAUACUUAAUUUGUCUAAUUAAUAUUUAUCUUUUAGUGUCGGUUCUGGUGUGCUGGAUUGCAGUGAUCUCCAGCUAAUGGCCUCUCCAUGCGGCGCGUGCAAGUUUCUGAGGCGCAAGUGCACCGCGGACUGCAUCUUCGCUCCCUACUUCGGCUCGGAGCAGGGGGCUGCAAGGUUCGCGGCGAUCCACAAGGUGUUCGGAGCGAGCAACGUCUCCAAGCUGCUGCUCCACGUUCCGCUCCACGACCGGUGCGAGGCGGUGGUGAGCAUCGCUUAUGAGGCUCAGGCAAGGCUGAAGGAUCCUGUUUACGGCUGCGUCGGCCACAUCUUUGCGCUUCAGCAGCAGGUAGCAAGUUUGCAACUGCAGUUGAUGCAAGCCAAGGCACAGCUAGCUCAGAGUCUGAAAAAUUCACAAACACCAGAGAAUCAAUACAUAGGGAACGCUGCCAACCCUCUAAUCCGACCAUAUUCGAACACCAAGUCCUCGUCGCCACAGAGUUCGCUGGACUGCAUUGAUCAAAAUCCUGAUGGACUGUUGCCCAUGCAACAGAUGCCCUUUAGGGGCGAACUCUCCACACCGAGGGUAGUAACACAAUAUGAAGUUGGGGAGCUCCAAGCCUUGGCUUCGAAGAUGAUGAAGAAUUGAUCGUUCUCCUGUUGGGAAGUCAUGGAGCCUGCGGUGUAAAUACAAGAGUUUCAGAAGAGAUUUGGUCCUCCGACAAUGCCCAUUUUUAUGUUUGCUUUGGGAAAAGAGAGAGAAAGAAAGACAAAAUAAUAACAUGUCAAGAGCCGUUGCAUCUCUACAACUCCUAAAUCUUUAAUAUCUUUCUAUUUAAUUUGGUUUAUCCUAGUAA